ACAGAGAGUUGCGCAGAAGCGAUGGAGAGACAGCCUUUUUGCUGUGAUCAGUGUUUUCAUCAGUAGUCAGUUCUUCAGCGGCUGUGUCGUGGGGAUUGCAGACAAUUUGCCAGUCGCGCUCUCUCACUCUCUUUCUUGGACACAAACUUGGAUUCUCCGAUUCCUUUGCCCUCACACAGCUAAACUCAGUAGUCGCUGAAGAUGCUGCUGCUGCUGUGGUGUGACAUGUGUGUCAGGUGUGUAUGAGAUGGGGGUCCAGGUGUGUUGACUCCCAUGCACACUUUGACACACUCCCACUUUUGACUUGAUGACUGGUGCCUCUGACAGGCUGAGGGACAUACAGCACGCCUGGCCAGGGGCCCUCAAUGCCAUGGAAGAAUGCAAGCAGAUCAUGGCACGCCAGAAAUCUAACAGCCAGUCGGACUCACACGAUGACGAGGUUUCUCCCCCACCGCCCAAUCCUGUUGUGAAGGCCCGGCGCCGCAGGGGAGGGGUCAGUGCCGAGGUCUACACUGAAGAGGAUGCUGUCAGCUACGUACGCAAGGUGAUCCCAAAGGACUACAAGACCAUGACCGCCUUGGCCAAGGCCAUCUCCAAGAACGUGCUGUUCGCUCACCUGGACGACAAUGAAAGAAGUGACAUAUUUGAUGCCAUGUUCCCUGUCACCCACAUCGCAGGGGAAACAGUCAUCCAGCAAGGCGAUGAAGGAGACAACUUCUAUGUGAUUGACCAAGGUGAAGUGGACGUGUACGUAAACGGGGAGUGGGUGACCAGUAUUGGAGAAGGAGGUAGUUUUGGAGAGCUGGCCCUGAUCUACGGGACUCCAAGAGCAGCCACCGUCAAGGCCAAGACUGAUCUUAAACUGUGGGGCAUCGACCGAGACAGCUACCGGCGCAUCCUCAUGGGAAGCACACUGAGGAAGAGAAAGAUGUACGAAGAGUUCCUCAGCAAGGUUUCCAUCCUUGAGUCUUUGGACAAGUGGGAACGUCUGACUGUGGCCGAUUCUCUGGAGCCCGUUCAGUUUGAGGAUGGAGAGAAGAUAGUGGUGCAAGGAGAUCCUGGUGAUGACUUCUUCAUUAUAACCGAGGGAAUAGCCUCUGUUCUGCAGCGCAGGUCCGAUAACGAGGAGUAUGUGGAAGUCGGACGCCUCGGACCCUCUGACUACUUUGGUGAGAUUGCCCUUCUGUUGAACCGCCCCAGGGCAGCCACUGUAGUCGCUCGUGGUCCGCUCAAGUGUGUGAAGCUGGACAGGCCUCGCUUUGAGCGUGUACUGGGUCCGUGCUCAGAGAUCCUCAAGAGGAACAUCCAGAGAUACAACAGCUUCAUCUCCCUUACAGUGUGACACCUCAGCCCUUCUGGGCUCCACCAGCAGGGGUGGGCAGCAUCAGCAGCAGAGUUUGGGUCUGUGGGUAGGGUAAGGUUAGGAAAAGGGGUAAAGGCCAUGGGUUUUACAUCCAAUACUACAGGGCGCCCAUUUCCUGCCUGUUUUUCCAUUUUGCGCGUUUCUUUUCUUUUGAUCUUGUGCACUUUGACUUGACCUGUGCUGUCACGUAGCUUUAUGUCAAAAUCAACAUGCAGGAGUGUAAAAAUCAGAGCAAGGGCCGAGACCCUUCAACUUAAUACAUGUAAAUGAGUCAUAUGUGCAGUGUGGCAACUGUAUAUGAUGCAUGCUUCUAAAGUGACAAACAACGAUGUUUGCACUUUCAUGAAUUUAUGAAGGGUACAGUCGAAUUCAGGAAAAACGAAGGAAGUGAAGUCAUGUUUAUGUCCAGCGGGAGGAAGUGAGUACACAUUACGUUUUUGCUGGCUUUUGUUUGCCUAUUUUUUCACUUCUGGGUGUGCAUGGUGCCAUUUCUUCGUCAAAUCAGGCCUGCACCUCUGUUUCCCUGAAACAAAGAUGUAGUCAUUUGAAGAAAAAUAAAUGGCUCUUUCAUUUUUAGUGCUUCUUAUGUGUGCUUUUACUGCUAUUAUCAGUUGGAGGUUUUAUUAAAGGCAGAGAUAUGUUGAGUUAACAUUUAAAUAUUGUGUCAGCCAAAUAAACCAACAGGUCGCUUUUUUCUCAAACAAUCCUUUCUGUCCCCAGGCUCAGUCUAAUCUAUGAGCUGUGGGACUCUAAAAGAGCAGUAUAUGUUAACAGUCUGGUACACAAAAACACAAACAACCUGACAUGAAACACACAACUGUACUCUAUAUGUUUGCACUCAGGACUGGGUAAAUCCUCAAAACAGACAGACACACACACACACACACGUCUUUCCUGAUGCUUUCUUACACUGUUUUUGUUUUGUGUUACAGUAUGUGCUAGAUGAAAGCUUUUGCAGCACUUAAGAGUUUGUAAUGUUGGGUCAAUACUGAAGUUUGAUUUAGCAGUUUUUAAGAUAUGACUUCUAUGAUAUAAUAUAUAAAAGAAAUAUGUAAAAAAAAAAUGUAUUUGUGUUGCUUUCCUUUGAUCUAAUGUUAUCUGUCAAAGAUGCACAACUGACCCAGUGACUGAUGUUGUUUAAAAUGGGACAUUAUGAAAAUAAUAUUUCUAUAUUCUCUCUCUUUAUGUCUUUCUUUCAACUAUCAACCAUCUUGGGCAAAUAAAGAUAAGCUUCUGAAAUCC